CUGUACACUUAACCUCGCUUGACACGCACGAGCGAAUGUCGUCUCACGCACUUCAGCCUGCUUUGUCAACUCCCAUCCAUCAGCCCCAGCUUCUGCGCCACUGCUCGCCCCAGAUUACCCACGGCGGGACCGCCGCAGAAAUAGACAAGCGGCAGCCACACCGGGACACCCAGCACAUCUGGACGGCUGUAGGCGUACAGGUCUGUCCAGUUGACGAGGCCCACCUCAAUCAACGGCCCUCCUGCUGCUGUGGCAAAUGACAUGACCAGCCCUGCCGGCGUGGCCUCAAAGACAGCCCUGCACACAAACCACAGAAACGCACACACGACAAGCACUGUGGACCAUAGCUAUGUGGACAGCACAACGUGGUCUCACCACGAUAGGGCAGCAAGGGGAGUCAGCAGAGCCGCCUCAACAGCAGAAUCAACGCCGUAGUAACUCAGUACACCACUCACCAGAUAAACAGCCGCAAACCACACUAUACCGAGCAAGACGUUGCCAACCACCGCCGACCGAGUCCGUUGGGCUGCGGGCGUCUUGAAGAGCCACCUGUCGAGCAAGGGAAGCCCUGUGCCGAUGAUGACGCCGGCCAGGGCGAACAAAGGCGGUACCCAUCUCGCUGACGAGAGGCCGAAAAACGAUAGAUCCGCUGGAGUGUAAUGCAAGACCUCAUACCGGCCAUGGCACAAGGCAUCCGACAGCGACCCGAGCAAGGCGCCAGCACUCGCCAUUGCAGUGAAUUGAAGCAUCCAUGCGGGCAGCUGCUUGGAGAGCUUCACGACUGAUGAGGGAUCUCCACCAUCGUCAGCAGCAUCGGCCGAACCUGCUCGGUGCAUAGAGAUGAUCUGCCGCCCAUGCCGCGGCCUCGCAGGCCGAUUGAGGCGACGAGGCGCAGUGGGAUGAGGGAAGGGGCUGCAGGAGGGGGAGAACGAACAUGGGGGCGGCA